AUGCUCCUUCUCGGCCUCACAGGCUCUAUCGCGACGGGCAAAUCGACCGUCUCGUCCAUCCUCUCCAAGCCGCCCUACUCUCUCCCCAUCGUAGACGCCGACCUCAUCGCGCGGCAGGUCGUCGAGCCCGGCACCCCAGGCUACAAUGCUAUCGUCGAGCACUUCCUGCCUACUACACCCGACCUGCUCCUUCCCGAUGCGACGCCCAAAGGACGUCCGCUGAACCGACCAGCACUUGGACGGAGAGUCUUUGGCGGCGGAGAAGAGAAGGAGCGCGACAGAAAGAAACUAAACAGCAUUGUCCAUCCUGCAGUACGGAAGGAGAUGUACAGACAGAUGGUAUGGGCAUACCUACGCGGCAACUGGGCAGUCGUGCUAGACGUGCCUCUCCUCUUUGAAAGCGGCUGGGAACGCUACUGUGGUACUAUCCUCGUCGUUGGCGUGUCGGAUCCCGCGAUACAAAUAAAGCGCCUACGAGAUCGCGACUCUCAUCUUACCGAAGAAGAUGCGCGCAAUCGCGUUAUGAGCCAAGGCGACGUGCGCGAGAAAGCUGAGCGAUGUCUGCGGAGAGGUCCAGGGAAUGGCGUCGUGGUCUGGAAUGAUCACGACAGGAGCUAUCUAGAGAAGGAGAUACAGAGAGUCAUGCAGGACAUUAGAAGUAAUAGCCCGCGAUGGUGGAGUUUUCUGCUUUGGGUCUUCCCACCGUUUGGGCUCAUGGCUGGUACGUGGAGUUGGUACAAGAUGCGGAACGUGCAGUUACAGUGGGAACAAGAAAAGAAGCGGGAGAAGGCGAAGCUGUAG